AUGCCUUUCUUCUUCGAGGAGGAGGAUAUCCCUGGGCGCUUCCGGUGGGUGACUACCAGCAUCGCUAGGUUCGACCCGCUGGGGUCGUGGCGCCCAGAUCUGGACCUGGACCUCGUGUGGAACACCAACCUCACCACAUAUGAUGGCGUUCCGCUAUCGCUGGGAUCUCUGCCCCCAAGGGUCCGCCUCAGGACACCAUCCCUGACUGUCAGUCUGAUAAGCGUUGGCUCUGAAGAGGCGCUGAGGCUGACGGACGACCACUGGGAUGGCCAAGUCGGCAUGGAAGAUGAGUUCCUUCCAGAGGUUCCCCCCGAUGGUGAGCCGUGA